AUGCCGCUGGCCCCCAACGGUCCCAUCGUGCUCCAUGGCGCGCCCCUGACUGCCCCUCCCCCGACUGGUCCCCACAAGCCAAACCUCGCCAUACAAGCACGUCUCGCUCCCGAGCUCAUUGCCGCCAUCAUCGAGGCACGCAAGAAGGGCCUCCAACUUGAGUUCGAGCCAUACGGCCCCAAUGCAGGCUUCCACAUUGAUGGCCAGCACUUUCCCCUCGUCAACGUCACGGCCGAGAGAACACCGCACGAGAUCUACGCGUUUAGUCAGCUCCCUCAGUCGUCCCUCCAAGUCGUCGGAAAGGUCGUCGGCCGAUGCACACUCCAGCGCAACUUGACAGAGGAGGACCAAGAGAAACUCCGUCAAUCGCGCUCCAACGCAGAGACCAAUAGAGACCGUACAAUUGGUCGCAUUGAUGUCCCAGAUGCACCGGCAAAGCCCACCGAGAAAAAGAAACCUCCCAUACGCAAGGCCGGUGUUAUUACUGCAUCGACCGUAAACUCCCUGCGUCAAUCUCCGGCACCAGGAACUGCGGGAAAUUCGCCGCCCCCGGGCGCACCCCCUCGACCUAAUACGCUUGACGGUCCCCCAAAUCCGUUCCAAGUUCUCCUCAUUCACCACCUCGCAUACGCCCCAACUACCCUGAAACAGCUUGCUGCCACGCUUAAACGACAGGCUAAAGAGAUCCGUCCUUGCUUGGACUCGGUGCUAUCUUCGACUUGCCGCCCCACCCUCAGCUUCUGGAGGGCCCUGGCUCACCCUCACCCCGAUGACAUCAAACGGAUCACCGCGGACGCUAAUCGAGCAUUUGAUGAGCUCAAGCUCCCAUCUGACGCUCCCGUACGACUUGCACUGCAGCCCGCGCCUCCCCCAGCAUCUCAGCCCGCGUCCCAGCCCACACCUCCUGCAACAAGCGCCAAGCCAACCGAAGUCGGUACGCCCAAGCACCACCCGCUGCCUGCCCGGCCGGCUGCUACGGCUGCUACUACGGCUACUGCAAACAAUGGGCGACUCGAUGUGCCUAAGCCUCCAAGGGGUCUCUCGCCUACUGCGGUCCCGGAUGCGUCAUCCCGGGAGAUGUCGGUGGACCGUGCUCCUGUGCGACCGCCCGUGCGAGUCACGACCAAGGAAAGAUCCCGGCCUGCCGAUGACUCGGAACCCGUGAAGGAUGCCACCCAGAGCAAAAAGACUAGUACGGCGGGCGCCAAAUCUAAGAUGGGCACCAACGGCAAGACCAAGACCAAGGUCAAGUCGAACCCGAUCAUCACGGCUGACUCGGACGGCGAGGAUUUUGUUCCAACCAAACCCAGGGAGCGAAAAGCCCCACCUCCACCCGCACCCACACCCGCACCCGCACCUGCCGCGUCCAUUUCGGCACCUUCGCCCGUGCCGGCACCCAUCCGGGCUCCUGCCGUUUCGUUGCAGUCUCGGGCUACGCCUUCAAGUUCGAAUAAGCAUCCUGUCGAAUCCACGGGCGGGACAAAACGCCCAAAGCGAGAGGUGGACACCACGCUUGAUGAUCUGGAACGGGAGCUGGAUUCCGGAUACGCCGAGACGAGCAAGCCGGUGGCGCUGGCAACGGCCACAACCACCCAACGGGACCGCGAACGAGAACGGGACCGGGAUAGGAGUAGUCUUGCGGGAGUUGUCAAGAAAAAGGUUACAGACAAGGGCGACAAGCCCAAGGUGAAGAAGGAAGCAAAGAGUUUAAUCGGGACGGGCACGGGAGUGGGAACAGUCGUGCGGACAAUAACGCGGGAUCCUGGAGAAAAGCGAAAACGACGAGAGGUCGAUCAGGAUAGCGAUGCCUCGUUCGACCUGAAUUCAAGAAGAAGCGACGAGUCGAUCCUUCAACCCUCGCCCCUCCAAAACGCGAAAAGCCGCCCCGAGAUCGGGAGCGGGAAUCCGAAUCCAGCACGGUUGAAGCAAGGCCUAAAAAGCCAUUACCUUCUCGACAGCCAGACGGAGCAGCACGCGUCAAGGACAAAGUGCACAAAUCGGCCAAAUCAUCCUCGACGGUUAAGACCAAUGGGACAGCCGUGUCUGCAGCAACGGGAGCUCGCUGCGGCAGCUCAAUCGAAAGUAAACGGAUCGAGCAAAAAAGACCGCGCGUCGGUGAUGUACACAUCGUCCGAGGAUGAAGGCACACCCGCGCCACGUCGCUCCGCACCUUCACACCCUCCAGCCCGAGCGGCCAAGCCAGCCGCGGCCCGAGUCCCAUCGGACGUGAGCACCCCGCGAGAACGAGAACGAGAACGAGAACGGACCGAGAUCAUCGGGACCGACGAAAAUCUCCCACGUUUACGUGCGGGAAAGGUACUCGGAAGUAUACCGAGAUUAUGCGAAUAUGAAUGCGCGACUGCCGAUGAGCGGUUCAAGGUGCAAAAAUUGCUCAAGGACAUGGCUGACGGAGAUCACGACUCGGUGGACACUUCUCUAGUGGAGAGUCUGACCAAGGCAUAUCGAGAGGCGCACGAAGAGCUCGUAGCGCUCAGAGAACGCCUUGCCGCGAGCGCGUGA